AUGGCUGAUGCGCUGGCAACUAAGCUAGCGGCUACUCAGAUCAAUGAUAAUGCUAACCCAGAAGAUUGGAAAGCUGGUUUAAACAUUCCAGUGAAAGAUACAAGACAUCAGACGGAGGAUGUUACUGCUACCAAAGGUCUCGAGUUCGAAGAAUUCUCCAUCAAGCGAGAUCUGUUAAUGGGCAUUUUCGAAGCUGGAUUUGAAAAGCCAUCGCCAAUUCAAGAAGAGGCAAUCCCCGUAGCUCUUACAGGGCGAGACAUAUUGGCUAGAGCGAAGAAUGGUACUGGUAAAACUGCCGCCUUCGCCAUUCCUGCACUCGAACGCAUCAACCCAAAAAGCAACAAGGUUCAAUGUCUCAUCUUGGUACCUACUCGAGAACUGGCUCUCCAAACAUCACAAGUCUGUAAAACUCUCGGUCAACACCUUGGCGUCAAUGUUAUGGUUACUACUGGAGGUACGACCUUACGAGAUGACAUCAUGCGUCUCUCAGAAGCUGUUCAUAUCAUUGUCGGCACACCUGGCAGAAUUCUUGAUUUGGCCGGAAAGAAUGUAGCCGAUCUCAGUGAAUGUUCAAUGUUUAUCAUGGACGAAGCCGACAAACUCCUCUCACCUGAAUUUACUAUCGUCAUCGAACAACUACUUCAAUUUCAUCCAAAGGACCGACAGAUUAUGCUCUUUAGCGCGACUUUCCCGAUGACGGUUAAAGACUUCUCGGACAAGAAUAUGAACAGUCCCUACGAAAUCAAUCUUAUGGAUGAACUCACCCUGCGCGGUAUUACCCAAUACUAUGCUUUUGUCGAAGAGAAGGACAAAGUUCACUGCCUCAAUACUCUGUUCUCCAAAUUACAAAUCAAUCAAUCGAUCAUCUUUUGCAACUCUACCAAUCGAGUCGAACUCCUUGCGAAGAAGAUUACCGAAUUAGGCUACUCAUGUUUCUACAGUCAUGCCCGCAUGAUUCAGGCCAAUCGAAAUCGUGUAUUCCACGACUUUCGAAAUGGUGUUUGCCGCAAUCUUGUCUGCUCUGACUUGCUCACCCGUGGUAUUGAUAUUCAAGCUGUGAACGUUGUUAUCAACUUCGAUUUCCCUAAAAACGCCGAAACUUAUCUCCAUCGUAUUGGUAGAUCAGGCCGAUUCGGACAUCUCGGUCUCGCAAUCAACCUCAUCAGUUGGGAGGAUCGUUUUAACCUGUACAAUAUCGAGCAGGAGCUUGGGACAGAGAUUGCAGCAAUUCCCCAAACCAUUGAGAGAUCCCUCUAUGUCUAUGAAACUCCCGAAAAUAUCCCACGUCCUGUAUCCAAUUUCCAAACUAACGCCCGUCAACCGUCAGGACGCGAUCAGCAACAACCCACGCAGCAUUCUGGAAACCAGAGAUCUGGUGGACAAAAUAAUUUUAAUAAUGGGCGCCCAAACGGCUCUGGUCAAAUACAUAGUCAAGGACAAGGACAAGGACCCAGACAAAUUCAAGGUCAACGUCCAAAUUAUUCUAGAGGCCGAGGCGGAUUUGGUGGCGGUCGAGGAGGUGGUCAAGGACCACGACAGAACGGCUUCGACAAUUCGAGAGGAGGUCGAGGCCAAGGUCCACCGGCACAAUAG